CAAAGUAUAGUCCAAAUUGUGACAAGUUUCAAGAGCUCAUUUCCCUUGAGUCAGGAUCACCAGAGACUUCACCUUGGGCAUCUUGUAAAGAUAUGUGAGAAGAUCCUGCAUAGCAUGAAAGUGUGACAUUGUAUGCAAAAUGAGUUAUAUAUUGGAAAACAACAAUAAGGUGCUCCUCACCGGACGCCCUGGAAGCAUUUUCUGAUCUGCUGACCUUGAACGAUGACAAUGGAGUGUUGUUGUGCUGGGAUAAAACAUAAUGACCCUAUUGCAAGUUCUUUGGGACUGAAAGAAGGAGAUGAGCUUCUUGGGGCCACUAUAUAUUUCGAUAACCUACACAAAGCAGAAGUACUUAACAUUUUGAAAGCUGCAGAGCCUUACAAAACUAGUGUCCAGCUGCAUACAAAAAACGAAGCACCGCUCUCUCCAGUCAGUCCAUUCUCUCUAAAAACAGAUAAGAUGGCUGUGAAUACUUUGGCAUAUGAUGAAAUCUUCAACAGCAAGAUUCGCAGAUACCUUAAAGGUUCAGUCUCUAUGCAAGAUUUGUCCCAACAAGGCACUAGAGAAGGGCAACGGAAAUCACCAAUGACAAACGACAAAAUGACUGCAUUUGGCUCAUCCAUGCAGAUGUCUGGAAUUACAUAUCCGGAGCUCAAUGCUCCAAAUGUAUAUGGGCAAAUCAAUGAUGUACAGAUCAAAGCACCAAGAAUCAAUGUUAAAGGUUCAGCAGUUAAAGGGAGUCUUCCAGAUUAUCAAAUGUCCUCUGUUAAUGUUUCAGUGCCAAAAAUAAAUACCCCUAAUAUAGAUACAGAUUUUAAAGCACCUUCAUUUAACAUGUCACAGGCACAGAACGGUGUUCCAAAUGUUGAUGUGAAUCUGAAAGCUCCAAAUGUGGAGUUUCCUGGUGCAGCAGUAGAUGGUAAAACAAAAUUUUCAGGAAUGGAUCUCACCACACCAAGUAUCUCAGGUAAAGGGAAUAUCUCCGAUGUAAGCUAUGGUUCUACAAAUAUAAAAGGGCCCAAGUUUAAAGUACCCUCACUAAACCUUUUCCAUUCUAAAAAGUCUGAUCAGGAUGUGGAUUUUAAUGUUCCAAACAUAUCAGGAUCUGUCAAAGUUCCUGAACUUGAUGAUGGUUUCCCAAAUGUCCAAGGUCCUAACUUGAAUGUGACUCUGCCUAAAGCAGAUAUACAAGGCCCUAAAUUCAAAAAUCCAAAGGUAAAUGUUGACUUUCCAAAAAUCAAAGGUCCAGAAAUGAAUGUAAACAUCCCCAAAACUAGCAUUGAAUCUUCACAAAUCAAGGCACCAGAACUUAAUGUAGAUCUUCCUAAAAUGGAUAUGAAAGUAGGAAAAUUUCCUGAUGUCAGCAUUGAUGUUCCUAAAGCGGACAUAAACAUUCCAAAGGUGAAAGCACCAGAGGUAAAUGUGGACCUUCCUAAAGCUGAUUUUCAUGUUCCAAAACUUAAAGGUCCAGACAUGAAUAUUCAGUUUCCUAAAACUGAUGCAAAAGUUCCCAAACUAAAUGGCCCAGAUCUCAACGUUAAUAUCCCCGAUAUCAGUUUAAAUAGCCCUCAACUUAAAGGACCUGAAAUUAAUGUGGACCUACCAAAGGGUGGUAUUAAGGGCCCCAAAUUUCCUGAUAUGAAAAUUGAUAUACCAAAACCUAACAUAAACUUACCAAAGAUGAAAGGCCCAGAGCUAAAUGUUGAUCUGCACAAACCAGAUUUACAUUUGCCAAAGCUGAAGGGUCCAAAUGUUAACAUAGACCUUCCUAAAGCUGAUAUCAAAGCACCAAAACUUAAAGGUCCAGAUGUUGACAUUCCCAGUGCUUCUUUCAAAGUUCCUGAUGCUGAUCUUGGAAUUCCUAAAUUCAAGGGACCAGAGAUGAAUAUUGAUCUUCCUAAAGCCGAUAUCAAAUUUCCAAAAUUUAAAGGUCCAGAAGUAAACAUGGACAUUCCAAAGGCAGAUUUAAACAUCCCAAAAUUUCAGGGUCCAGAUGUGAAUGUUGACCUACCUACUUCUGACAUAAAACCCCCCAAAAUGAAAAUUCCAGAUGUAAAUCUUGAUUUACCGAAAUUAGACAUGAAAGUUCCAAAACUAAAAUUUCCAGGCGUAGAUUUAAAUCCUCCAGAAUUAAAAGGUUCAGAAGUCAAUGUGGAUCUUCCUAAAGCAGACUUAAAAGCACCUAAAUUAAAGGCUCCAGAGCUCAAUGUUGAUCUUCCUAAAUUAGAUGUGAAAACUUCCGAAUUUAAAGGCCCCGAAGUUAAUGUUGACAUGCCUAAAGGUGCAAUAAAAUUUCCAUCACCAAAGACUCCAGAUGUUAACCUUGAAGUUCCAAAACUAGAAACAAAAUCUAAAUUUAAGAUGCCUUCUUUCAACUUAUUUAGCAAAAAGGAAUGCCUGAUGCUGACUUAAUUUUAAAACCCACAAGUCAAAACUGGAACUGUGAAUGCAGAUCUUAAGGCCCCCAGCCUUGAUGUAAAUGCUCCUAAUGUAAAUGUUUCAGUUCCAAAAAUAAAGGGAGAUCUGACUGGCCCAGAUGCAAAUAUUGAUUUUCCGGAUGUAGAUAUGAAAGGUCCUAAAUUUAAUUUGCCCUCUUUCAAUAUUAAGGGUCCUAAGAAUAAAUUACCUUCACUUGAAAUGUCUGGGCCAAACAUUCAGACUCCUGAUGUAGGUGUUGAUACAUCCUUUUCGGCUCCUAAAGUAGAUUAAAUGCACCACACAGUCAACCUAAAAGGUCCUGAUGCAGAUUUAAGUGCUCCUAAGUUUAAAAAAACACAUUUACCUUCCCUUCUUUUCAAAUGAAGAGCCCAAAUAUAAAAACACCUGAUUUAAAAGUGGAUGGGUCUUUAAGAAGUCCACAAUUAGAUGUUAAUUCCCCUGAUAUUGAUGUUAAAGUACCAGAUGCAAACAUAAAUCCCCCUAAAUUUAAAUUGCCCUCAUUUAAAAUGCCUUCAUUCCAAAUGUCUGGUCCUAAGGUUGAAGCCCCCUAAUUUAGAAGUUGGUGGGUCUCAAAAACCUCCACAAGUUGAAGUAAAUGCACCCAAUAUCAAUGUUAAAAGGUCCAGAUGCACAGGUUAAAAACUCCCACAUUAAAAUGCCAAAUGUUAAAUAUUGUCAGGCCCACAGUUAGAACACCUGAUGUAGAAGUUGGUGGUUCCUUAAACACAUCCAAAAGGUAGAUUUGAUGGCCCCAAACUUGAUUAUGAAAGCUCCUGAUGCAAAGAUGAAUACUUCAAAAUUUAAAAUGCCAUCAUUUCAAUUGCCUUCAUUCCAAACGUCUGGUCCAAAGAUUGAAACUCCUGAUUUAAAAAUUGAUGGGUCAUUAAAGUCUCCAAAUAUGGACAUGAACACACCAAAUAUUGAUGCAAAAGGUCCAGAAAUACAGUUAAAAGCUCCAAACUUUAAAAUGCCUUCAUUCCAAAUGACAAGCCCAAAUGUGCAAGCACCUGAUAUAGAAGCUGGUGGCUCUUUAAAUGUACCAAAAAUUGAUAUAAAUGUUCCACAGGUUGAUGUGAAAGGACCAGAUGCACAAAUGAAAGACCAAAAAUAUAAAAUGCCUUCGUUCCAACUCAAAGGCCCAAAUUUUAAAACUCCAGAUGCACAACUAGAUGGCUCAUUUCAAACUCCUCAAGUAGGAAUAAAUACUCCUGAAGUAAAUUUGAAAGGUAAAGAGCAGAAAAUUAGCCCA